CUCCGUAUGUCUAUAAUGAUUUCCGCGGCCACGGAAAAUGAAGAUUGCAUAAUCAUCACCUGUAGAUAUUCUUCAGCCAGUCCCGCAUUCACUCUUCGUCGUAACGAGAACACGUGUCGUGGUGUUAUCCAGAACUAAGAGAGGGAAGGUUCAGACCCAAACCGGCUAGACACGAAAUUGCACCAGCGGAAGCUAGAAGCACACCAUCGUUUAGACGACAAGAGGAGGCCUCCGAGAAUUUCACCGACGCCAGCCAAUGAUCGCGUGGGAUUCCUCCAGCUCAAAUGUGAAGAGAUGCGGGGACGCCAUCCCACUCGUAGCCAAGCUUGUUUUCACACCAAUGGAAUACCUGCAUGAACUAUCCAAAGGAGGGGCAUUCGCAUGGCUUCCACUGGUGGCUGAUCGGUCGCGAUGCGGAACAAUCGGAUUCAAGGACCAUGAGACGUACACGCGAGAUGAUGUGGGGAUGAAAGCGUCGCUUGCGAUAUUUUGUUGGGGAUGGGAGGAUAUAUAGAAAUGGUGUGAUUCCCUGCUGUUCUCUUCUUGCUAUAUUAACCUGGAACUUCACGCUCUGUGGACCUUCCUCUGGUAUAUAUAUAAUUUUCUAUACAAGUCGGAGAGAACCUUCAUUCGCCAUGCCUACUGCCGUCGAUAAUGCGACUCCCGCGACGAUACGGGGAGGCAAUGAGCAAUCUCGUCCGCGCAUCUCACAGCCAUUGGAAUAUACCGGCACCCUAGACACAUAUACCCACCAUGACCUGACGCCCGUUAUCGGGAGAGAGUAUUAUGGCGUCCAAGUCGCCGAGAUCCUCAAGUCAGAAGAAUGCGAUCGGAUAAUCAAAGACCUUGCUGCGACGAUCUCCAGAAGAGGCGUAGUCUUCCUCCGGAACCAAGAUCUAACCCCACAAGAAAUGCGCCAGUUUGGUGAAAAGCUAUCAGUCAUUGCAGGAUGCCCAGAAUCAUCAGCCUUGCACGUCCACCCACUAACGGAAGAAGGAAGCGAGCUGGGUGACCAAAUCAGCGUCAUCAGCAGCGAGAAGCAGAAGAAAGGAGGCGGUCUGACACAUCAGCUCAGCGACACGAGCCGCUUCGCUUCAGUAGGAUGGCACACUGACAUCAGUUUCGAGCGCGUACCCUCCGACUAUGCGAUGCUGAAGAUCCACACUCUCCCCGAGACAGGCGGCGACACGCUGUGGGCCUCGGGCUAUGAGGUCUAUGAUCGGCUCUCGCCGCAAAUGGCGGAGUUCCUGGAAGGGUUGACGGCGACGCAUGAUGCUACGUUCUUCCAUGAUGAGGCGCGGAGAUUGGGGAACCCCCUACGAAAGGGUAUUCGGGGCUCGCCUCUCAAUCAUGGUGAGGAGCUUACGGCCGUUCAUCCGGUUGUGCGGACUAAUCCGGUUACUGGGUGGAAGUCGGUGUAUGUAAACAAGGGGUUUACUCGUCGUAUCAACGGGGCAACCAAAGAUGAGUCCGAUAUGUUAUUGCAAUAUCUAUUCAAUCUUGUCACGCAAAACCAUGACGCCCAGGUUCGGUUCAAGUGGAACAAGAACGAUAUGGCAAUUUGGGAUAACAGAUCAACCUGGCAUUGUGCGACAUACGACUAUGCGGAAGCUCGGGCUGGUGACCGAGUCUGCAGUUUGGGCGAGGCCCCUUAUUUUGACACUCAGUCCAAGUCGCGGAGAGAAGCACUGGCUGAGAAUUGA